AGUAGAACUUGUAGAACUUGUCUACUGCUUCAGAAAUACCCAAAGCUGUAGAGAAUUGUUAGAGUUUAUGUGAGCCAAAAUGAUGACAUAUGCCUGGGAGAAAAAUCUAGUGCUUUUGAGAAUAAGUUUUGUACUUUUAUGCAGUUGAAGUUGAGGGUACAGAAGGACAACUGCAUGGAGUUUGGCAAAAGCUAAGUGUGAUGGGGAUUACAGGAUGGUUAAUAAAAUUGUGCACUCUCUUGAGGGUUCAUUGUCCCAUUGAAUGCUAUCAGCGGUACUUUUGGUAUUCUGAAGGAGUAUUAACCUACAGUCACAUUAAAAAGACAAGGCUGCCUUAGCACUUUUCCCUAAAGAAGUUUCAGGCCUGGCAUGUGACUCCCCACUAUGCCCUUCAGGGUUAGGAGUUUAUGAUCAGAUCGCCCUUUGAGGUUACUUUCCACACAAUCCCCGCUCCCUUUUGGGGAUGGUACUGCCUAUUUAAAGCUAUUCAGAAUAUACGUGGUCUUUCUUUCCAACCAUGGCUCAGUAUGGAGUCAUUUUCGUUGUUCUCGGUUAAUCAAAGCAAAAUACAAGUACACACUUAAGACUACACACAUUUGGAGGCAAUAACAACGUCCUGCUGUGCCUGGACUAUUUUGUAUGUGAGUAACUGGAAGGAUGUUUCCUUUUAGAUCAAGAGAUUUGAGAGCAUCUCAAAUAUUUUUCAUUCUGGGAGCAGGUUGAAAUUCAUGAAAGGAGGAGUUGUGUCUUCGGCUGUAGUUCACAAUGAGCAAAGGCUCUGAAAAUCGGUACAUCACCGAAGGAUCACUGCCUUACAACAUUCUUGUGGGCAAUGAUUGAGAACUUUUCUGCCGCUUCUUAAGGUCGGAGGAACUACAUUGCCCAGAAGUGCAUGCGCGAAGUUAAACCAAUGACGUACCAGACUGAAAGCAUUUCCUUGAGACUGACGUGGGGUGGGACUUCCCGUUCUCUCUCUUGGCGGCCAUACUUGCUCUGUGUGUGUGGAGUCGGGCCGUUGAAUCGUGUCGGUUUUGAGGUAAAUCCGAGAAAGAGCGACGGAGUCUUGGUCCUUGUCACACAGACUCGAGUUUGAAGUGCGCAGAGGACACCCAGGUGGCCGGUGCGAAGGCCGUCUCCUCGAACACAGAUCUCGUACCUCAGUCCCGAGUUGAUGGCUGUGGCCAGUGUGAGGCGCCCGGCUGAGGCCAGUGUGACCUUUGAGGAUGUUGCUGUGCACUUCUCCUGGGAUGAAUGGAGGCUACUUGAUGAGGCUCAGAGACGCCUGUACCUCUGUGUGAUGCUGGAGAACUUUUCACUUAUAUCCUCUCUGGGUUGCUGCUGUGGAAGAAAGGAUGUGGAGACACCCAUUGAACAGAAUGUUUCUGUACAAGUAUCACAAACCAAGAAUCCCAAGGCAACUUCAUCUUCCCAGAAGACUCACCCCUGUGCGAGUUGUGGGCCUGUCUUGAGAGACAUUUUCACCUUGGUAGAGCAGCAGGGCACACAACACAGCCUGACACUGCUGAGGUGUGGGGCAUGUGCAAAACGAUUUCAUUUCAGUGCAAAGUGUCAACAGUACCAGGAGCAGCAUAUGGGACAGAAACCCUUCAGUAGUACUCUGGGCAGGUCCUCAUUUGUGAAGAGCUGCAGAACCCACAUGUCAGAGAAUCCCUUUACCUGUGAUGAGGUUGAGAUUGACUUCCUGGCCAGCUCAGGUCCUCAGCAGGAGAAGGACACCCAUAAUGUGAAGGAGCCCAACAAAGACACCCAGUGGGAAGCAACGUUACAAAGCAGAAAAAGUCAUUACGCUUUGGAAGAAGGCAAGAAAGGCUUCAACCCCCAACACAUACUUGUGGACCAAGCAGUUCAUACUGGAAGACAGUGUUUUGUGUGCAAUGAUUGUGGAAAAACAUUCAGGUACAAAUCCUCAUUUAUCACACACUGCACAGAGCACACUGGAGAAAGUUUCCAUGUGGGUGGUGAAAGUGGAAAAUCAUUUGGUGAAGCCUUAACCCUCCGUGAGCAUCAAAAAAUUCAUACUGGAGCAAGGCAGUACAAGUGCAGCAAAUGUGGAAAAUCCUUAAGCCACAAAUAUUUCCACAUACCUCCCUCGGGACAGCACAAUGGAGAAAACAGUUUUGUGUGCAGUGAAUGUACACAACCUUUUAGUCAUAGUUCAGUGUUGAUUCCUUAUCAGAGAGUUCACACUGGAGAAAAGCCUUAUAAGUGUAAUGACUGUUCCAAAUCUUUUACCUCUGUUGCUGCUCUAAAUUAUCAUCAGAGCUCUCACACAGGAGACGGGCCUUAUGGUUGCCGUGAAUGUGGGAAAUCUUUUACAUCUACGUACACCCUGAAUAACCAUCAGAGAGUUCAUACAGGAGAAAGAGCUUAUAAGUGCAAUGAAUGUGGGAAAUCUUUUACCUCUACCUCAAGCCUCCGUUAUCACCACAGAGUGCAUACUGGAGAGAGACCAUAUGAAUGCAGUGAAUGUGGAAAAACCUUUAAGGAUAGGUCACAAUUUACUAAACACCAGAGAGUUCACACUGGAGAAAGGCCUUAUGAGUGCAGUGAAUGUAGAAAGUCUUUCACCAGUAGCAGUAGCCUUUCUUAUCAUCAGAGAGUUCAUACAGGAACAAAGCCUUACAAAUGUAGUCAGUGUGAAAAAUCCUUUGCCUCUGGUUCCACCCUGCGCUAUCAUCAGAGAAUUCACACGAGAGAAAGGCCUUAUGAGUGUGGUGAAUGUGGAAAAUCUUUUAUCUGUAGUUCCAAACUUCGUUAUCAUCAGCGAAUUCACACUGGAGAAAGGCCUUAUGAAUGUACGGAAUGCGGGAAGUCUUAUGCCCAUAGAAAUAACCUUCUUACACACCUGAUAGUUCACUCAGGGAGUAGUCCUUAUGAGUGCAGUGAGUGUGGAAAAUAUUUUACCUUUAGGUCUACCCUUCGUUACCAUCAUAGAAUUCACACUGGAGAAAAGCCUUAUGUGUGCAGUUUAUGUGGCAAAUCUUUUACUUCUAGCUCCACCCUUCGAUGCCAUGAGCGACGGCACCUUGGGCGAAGAACUCAUGAAUGCCAUGAAUGUGGGAAGUCUUUUACGUCUAGUUCUACCCUGAGUUACCAUCAGAGAAUUCAUACAGGAGAAAGACCUUAUAAGUGCAAUGAGUGUGGCAAAUCUUUUACCUUUAGCUCAAGCCUCCGUUAUCAUCACAGAAUGCAUACUGGAGAAAGACCGUAUAAAUGCAGUGAAUGUGGUAAAACCUUUAAAGAUAGUUCUCAAUUUGUUAAACACCAGAGAGGUCACACUGGACAGAGGCCUUAUGUGUGUAGUGAAUGUGGGAAAUCCUUUCAUAUCAAAUACUCCCUCUCAAUGCACCAGAAAAUUCAUAAUAGAGAAAGGUCUUACAAGUGCAGUGAAUGUGGUAAAUCUUUUACCUCUGCUCCCGGCCUUCGUUAUCAUCAGAGACUUCACAGGGGUGAAAAGCCGUAUCAGUGCAUUGAAUGUGGAAAAUCUUUUACUAGCAAGUCAUCACUUGUUAGACACCAGAGAGUUCACACUGGAGAAAGGCCUUAUGAGUGCACUGAAUGUGGCAAAUCUUUCACUUGUCGCUACUCCCUUCAAUGUCAUGAGCGAGUGCACCGUGGAGAAAGGCCUUAUGAGUGUGGCGAAUGUGGGAAAUCUUUUAUCAGUAGUUCCAACCUUCGUUAUCAUCAGCGAGUUCACACAAGAGACAGGCGUUAUGAGUGCAGUGAAUGUGGAAAGUCAUUUAAGGAUAGUUCCCAAUUCAGCAAACACCAGAGAGUUCACACUGAAAAAAGACCUUAUGAGUGCAGUGAAUGUGGGAAAUUUUUUAAGCGAAUAUCUACCCUGACUCAACAUCAGAGAGUUCACACUAGAGAAAAGCCUUAAAUGUGUUGUGAAUGUAUAAUUUUCUGUUCAGUGUAACAAACAGCCUUGGAGGAAACUCUAAGGAGCCAUCUGUCUGAAUCUAAGCUGUUACAUUUGAAUUGACCCAAUGAGGAGAUUCCUUCUAAAUUUCAUUCAUGUGGGAAAUGUGUGGAAAUGUAUUGUAAUUUCUUACUUGCUCAGGACUCUUUUUAGGUUUACGGUGCAAAUUGUGUGGGUGUAGCCUUUUCCACUUUACCACAGAGCAGAUUUACAAACUUUGCAAGAGUCCACACCCUAAUGUGCUCAGGGAAACUGACCUCUUGUCCUCACAUAUACUGUAGUAAAGUAGGAAUAAUGUGAGCACUUAGGUGUCAGCUUUCCCUUUAUGACUAAUCUCCAGUCGCAGGGGUUCAUUGGUCUUACGUGAUACUUUUGAUGACUUUUUCUAGCUAGCAGUUCAUAAAUCUAGGAAGUGCCUGUUGCACAUUGCUUUGGCUUGUGGAAUAAUUGAGGCCUUACUCUUGAUUUCACGCUAAUCUUUAUUUUUAAAAUCAAAAAGAUUUUAUUUUUAGCAAGGAGGAAGGAGGGAGAAAUAGAGGGAGAGAAACGUAGAUCAGUUGCUUCUCUCACAUCCCCAACUUGGGACCCAACCUGCAACCCAGGCAUAUGCCCUGAUCAGGAACUGCAGCAGCAUCCUUCUGGGCCAUAGGCCAGUGCUCAAUCUACUGAGGUACACCAGCCAGGGCUGUUUUUAAUUUUUAUUUGUUGAUUUUUAGAGAAGGGGGAGAGAGAAUUAUUGAUUUGUUGUUUCUUUAUUUAUGCAUUCAUUUGUUGAUUAUUUAUGUACCCAGACAAGGGUUUGAACCCACAACCUUGGCACAUUGGGGUGAUGCUCUAACUAACUGAGCUACCCUGCCAGCGCUCUCCUUUAAAAUUGGUUGUACUUUUUACUGUACAGGGUAGUUUAUAAACUGAUUUGGGCUCUACAAGCAUGAAGAGGUGAAUAUUUUCCGGGUCUCAAACAUUCUCUGCUUUUGGACAGACUGUUGUAGACAAUCGGUGGCAGAAAAUAACUGGCCAGUUUUGACCAAAUUUUUGUGGCUCUCCAAAGUUUCCUAGAAAGGAAUGAAGGGCUUUCUGGUUCUCAUUUGGAUAUUGUGAUUUAGGAGUCUCAGAGAUUACCCUGAGGAGGUGGCAGAUAUAAGACCCUCAGAUAGUUACGAGAGUAGCAUGAUUUUUCCUUUACCUGAAGCUGAUGGCACAGAUUGUAUCAGUGGGUCGUCGUCUUCUGGUAUACAGGAAGCGAAAUGCCCUGCUGUCCAUAUUUCAUUGGACUAGGGUCACUGAUGGAGAGACUGGGUUCAGGGAAGACCAUUGUUGGUGCAGAAACAGUGGCCCAUUACAGAUUGGAGAAACUGCAGCCAGCUCGAUGAAUGUGCCUCUUCUGCACAUGUACCCAGAAUUCUUUCUGGGACCCUGACUGCAUGAUCAGUCUGCACAUAUCUGAGUACUCCCAGGCAUGGUUAUUUUGUGUAGCUGAAUUUGGUCAUUUAAAAAAGACCAAUUGAGUUCUGGGGGGGUGUGGCUCAGUGCAUUGAGUGCUGGUCUGGGAACCAAAUAGUCGCAGGUUUGAUUCUCAGGGCAAAUGCCUGGUUUGCAGUUCAGGCCUCCAGUUGAGGCGUGCGAGAAUCUGAUCUUUCUGUUUUUUCCUCCGCUCCUCUCUCUCAAAAUAAAUAAAUUGGGUGGGAAGUGGGGAUGGGUGUGGCAAAGGAAAUUGGUAGUGGGUAAUGGAGAUAAUUGUAUUUGAACAACUAUAACAAUGAGUAAAAAAUAAAAAAUAUUUUAAAAAUAUUUUAAAAAAAGGUCAAGUUGGCCAUUGUAUCCAUGGGUUUCACAUCCUUGCAUUACACUAAUCAUGAGUGGAAAAUACUAAAAAAUAACUUACAUUUUUGCUCACGUGUACUAUGUACUUCUAGCUGUAUAUUGGUUGUGUGUUUUUGCCUGCUGAACAUGAAUAGUUUUUCUUCAUAUUUUGUAAAACUACAAUACAAAAAAGGUAUAUAAAAUUUA